AUGGAAUGCAGACAGAUGUCCGUUCCAGUAUCCUACGUCGUUGAGCCUUCGGAGGUGAGGAAACAGACCGUUCAUAUUGUUGGCCUAUGCGUGAUGGCUGGAAUAGGCAAGACAUCCAUUGCCAAAGCUCUUUAUAACAUUGGUCCUCAAUUUGGAAGCAAUAGAAGCUUUCUUGAAAACGUUAGACAGAUUUUGGACCAACCACAUGUCGGUGCCAAAAGGGUACCUGUCAUUGUUGAUGAUGUGGCUGGAAGUCGCGAUUGGUUUGGUCCAGGCAGCGUAAUUAUUAUAACAACAAGAAAUCAGCAGUUGCUAAAGGAGCUUAAUGUUGAUGCUACAUAUAUGGUUCUGGAAAUGAACGACGUUGAAUCUCUUUCUUUUAAAGUCUGCAUGCUUUCGGGGAAAGAGAACCGAAUGAAGAAUACAUUGAGCUUAAAGAGUGUCGUAAAGUAUUGCAGAGGCAUGCCGUUGGCUCUUACGGUUUUAGGUUCAUACCUAAAAAGCAGGAGUACUAAAUCAAUGUGGAUAAGUGAAUUAGAGAAAUUGAAAAGAUUCCACAUGAGGAUGUCCUCAAAAGCUGAGAAUAAGUUUUGA